AUGAUGAAGCUUUUUCGGCGAUGCACGAGGAUUCUUAUCGUUUCCCUGCUCGUUGUUUCGGUGUUCGUCCCAAUCGGUUUUCUGUCUCAACGGCUCAAGCACCUGAACUCCGACGUCUCCGAGGACUUUGUUGAAGAUUUGUCCAAAAUUAAACACAGAACAGAAGCUCAAGCACUUAAUGCAAUUGAAGAGGAUGAAAGUAAAGGUGUGAAAGAGCCACCUCUAGAGGUUUUCAGAGAUGAACUAGUGAUUUCUGCUGUUAGUUUUGGUUCUACUAACGAGAACAAUAGUAUUAAUGAUCCAGGGCAUUCCACAGAUACUGACAGUCUGUUGGAAACAAAUGGAACCAGUCAUGAACCAAAUAAAGAUAAUCACCAAUCGCAAACAGAAAAAUCAUCCAUGUCUGGAGAAGAGAAACAUUCUGGACCAACAAAUGUCCAACAAGAUCAAAAAGCACAAGCUCAUUCUCAUAAGGCGCGCGAUGAGAAGGUGAAAGAGAUGAGAGAUCAGGUGAUUAGGGCUAAGGCAUACAUAAGCUUUGCCCCACCAACUAGUAACUCUCAUUUUAUAAAAGAGUUGAGACUUCGAAUAAAGGAGUUGGAACGAGCUAUAGGCGAAGCUACCAAGGAUUCUGAUCUAUCUAGGAAGGCAUUCCAGAAGAUGAAAGCCAUGGAGAUUUCUUUGUUAAAAGCUAGCCGCAUUUACCCUGAUUGCUCUGCCAUGGUGAAAAAGCUUCGUGCUAUGACACACAGUGCAGAACAACAAGUUAAUGCACAGAAGAAUCAAACAACAUUUCUUGUUCAGCUUGCUGGGAGGACUACCCCAAAGGGUCUCCACUGCCUCUCUAUGAGGUUGACUGCUGAAUAUUUUGCACUGCAACCUGAGGAGAGGGAACUUCCUAACCAACAUAAAUUGCAUGAUCUGGAUCUCUUUCACUUUGCUGUUUUCUCAGACAAUGUCCUCGCUUGUGCUGUGGUUGUUAACUCAACUGUUUCGGCUUCUCAGGAGCCAGAGAAAAUUGUUAUCCAUGUAGUGACAGAUUCACUCAACUUUCCAGCUAUGUCAAUGUGGUUCUUGUUGAAUCCUCCUGGGAAAGCAACUAUACAGGUUCAGAACAUGGACAAUUUUGGAUGGUUGUCAGCCAAAUACAAUGCUACUUUGGAGAGGCAAGACUCUCGAGACUUGAGAUAUACUUCACCACUAAACCACCUCCGUUUCUAUCUACCAGAUGUUUUUCCUCUCCUGAAAAAAAUUGUGCUUCUUGAUCAUGAUGUUGUUGUGCAUAAGGAUCUAACUGGUCUUUGGAGUAUUGACAUGAAAGGUAAAGUAAACGGUGCAGUGGAGACUUGUCAGGAACGACAGCCUUCUUUCCGUCGGAUGGAUAUGUUCAUCAAUUUUACAGAUCCUAUUUUGGGCCAGAGAUUUGACGCAAGUGCAUGUACCUGGGCUUUUGGAAUGAACUUAUUUGAUCUGCAAAUGUGGAAGAAGCAAAAUAUAACCGGUGUCUAUCACAAAUACCUGCAUUUGGGAAGUAAGAAGCCAGUUUUUAGAGCUGGUAGUUUACCCAUUGGUUGGCUCACCUUCUAUGGGCAUACAAAUCCUUUAGAGAGGCGAUGGCACAUUCUUGGGUUGGGCUAUGACUCAGGUGUCGUGUUGAGUGAUAUUGAACAAGGAGCAGUACUUCAUUUUGAUGGAAUGAUGAAGCCAUGGUUGGAUGUCGGGCUUGAGAAGUAUAAGAAGUAUUGGAAGCGUUAUGUUUUGUAUGAUCAUCCUUACCUCCAACAGUGCAAUAUUCAUCCGUAA